AUGCCUCAAAGCAGUCGAACCGUCUAUAGGAGCAAAGCCUUCAGGAGGUUCUCUGUCGUGCACCCCCCCCCCCCAAGCCCUCGCGCCGCCCCUCGCCUGGCUUCCUGGCGCCCCAUCAUGCCCUUCCGUCCUCGCCCCGAAGCCGCCAAGUCCGGGCCCCAGGGAUCGCCCGCGCCGCCACAGGACGCGCCGCCGCCCGCAGGAGGCUCUACCGGAGGCGGCGAGGCCCGGGGAAGCGAGGUCGGAGGGAGCGGAACCCGAGUGUCGUGCGCCUGGACCUUCCUGGCCCUCAAGCACGACCUCGAGCGCCCGACCCAGCCUCGAGGCCUGCCUCCUGCGCCGCCUGCAUCUCCUUAUUUCCUGAGGGCCACCCCCGUGGGCGGCCAAGCAUACCCAAGCAAGUGUCCUUUGAGCCUGUGA